AGGAAGGGCGCCUGAGGAGCGUGGCAAGCUGUGUCCCAUGAUGACCUCCCGCAAGAUGUUUUAUGGGUCCUCCUCCACCAUGGCUCCACCAUCCAAGAACAGGCUGAAACGCCAGAGCCGGAUUUUCUCCCAGGUCUUGUACCGGACGCUGAGCUAUAAGGACCGGAGCUCGGCAUCCUCCUUCUCCGCAGCUAACGGAGAUGAUCCAGCUGAGCUCUCCACCCAACUUUCCGCCCCGGGCGUCCUGAAGAUCUUUGGAGGCAACAUCUGUGCGGGUACCAACUACAAGAGCGUGUUGGCAACGGGCAGCUCGGGUGCGCGGGAGCUGGUCAAGGAGGCCUUGGAGCGCUACGGGCUGAGCCAGGCCGAUGCGGGCCAGUUCGUGCUGUGCGACGUCGUGGGGCGCUUCGAGGGCGCCGAGAAGCGCUGGCAAACCGAAGGGCUGCGGGUGCUCGGCGACUCCGAGAAGCCGCUGCUCAUCCAGGACCUGUGGAAGCCCAGGGAGGGCUUUUCCCGGCGCCUGGAGCUGCGCAGGAAGGUGGAGGUGGAGGAGCUGGCGUCCCGGGACGUGGACACCACGACCGCAGGUCAGAGCCAGGCGCAAGCGCUCGCGGGGGCCGGGAGAGGCCAGGAUCCCGCGUCCCUGUCCCGCUUGACCAUCACGGACCUGCUGCCGGACCUGCAGCACAUCCUCUUCUGGAUGUCCAACGCCAUCGAGAUCCUCUACUUUGUGCAGCAGAAGUCCCCCACCUACAUCCAGAGCAUGGAGGAGGAACUGGAUAUCAAAGGGUCCAAGGAGUCUCUGUUCUCCUCGACCAUCACGGCGAGCGAGGAGGCGAUGACGGUGCUGGAGGAGGUCAUCAUGUACACCUUCCAGCAGUGCGUCUACUACAUCUCCAAGUGUCUGUACGUGUCGCUGCCCGCGCUGCUGGAGUGCAACCCCUUCCAGAACGAGGGCCGCGAGCCGUGGCGGGCCGCGCCCGCCGACGAGCUGCGCCGCGUCGUGCUCGUCUACCAGGCGGCGCUGGACCUGCUGCGCCAGUACGAGGUGCACCCCGAGGUCACGUCGCAGAUGUUCGCCUACCUCUUCUUCUUCUCCAACACGCUGCUCUUCAACCAGCUCCUGGAAAAGGGCUGCUCCCUGGGCUGCUUCCACUGGAGCCAGGGCGUGCGGCUGCGCGCCUGCGUGCGGCUGCUGCUCGAGUGGCUGCGCGGCGCCGGCUUCGAGCAGCUGGCCCGGCAGUUCUUCUUCGACACCCCCCCGCCCAUCGUCCUGCCCAGCGGCGGCUUCAAGGUGGACCUGGAUGUGGAGACGCUGGACGACAACAUCUACCGGCACCUCCUCUACAUCCGCCACUUCCUCUGGAGCCUGCGGAGCAAGAGCCCCCCUGGCGGCAACGGGACGAGCCCGGUCCCUGCCAAGCACACGCCACUCUGCUCGCCCGGCAUCUACAUCCGCCCGCUGGUGCCGGCCAGCCCCGCGGCCGCCGACGGCCGCCUCUCCCUCGGGGACCGCAUCCUGGCCGUCAACGGCACCAGCCUCCUCGGCGCCGACUACCAGAGUGCCGUGGAUCUGAUCCGCUCCGGAGGGAAGAAGCUGCGGUUCCUGGUUGCCAAGUCAGACAUGGAAAUAGCCAAAAAAAUCAGUUCCAGCUCCUCUCCCUCCUUGUAGUGCUGGUGGUACGAGGGUUGUUCUGCAGCGGUUUCUGGGUGCAG